AUGGCCGGUGGUAAUUUGAACAAAGCCAUUGAUCUCGCCAAAAGAGCAUCCGAUCAGGACUCUGCCAAAAACUAUGAAGAGGCCCUACGGCUUUAUCAGAGCGCAGUGCAGUACUUCCUUCACGUCAUUAAGUAUGAGACCAAGGGCGAGCGCUCCAACGAGAUGAUCCGAGCCAAGUGUGCCGACUACCUGGAUCGAGCCGAGCAGCUGAAGCAGUACUUGAAGAAGAAGGAGAGCGAGCCACCCACCAAACCAGUCAAAGAGUCCGAUGGCAAAGGCAAUGAAAGUGACGAAGGGGAAGAUUCUGAGAAGAAGAAGUUCAAAAAUCAGCUGUCAGGCGCCAUCGUGAUGGAGAAGCCAAAUGUUAAGUGGAGUGAUGUCGCCGGCUUGGAAGGAGCCAAAGAGGCCCUCAAGGAGGCGGUUAUCUUGCCCAUCAAGUUUCCUCAUCUCUUCACUGGUAAGCGAACUCCAUGGCGCGGGAUCCUUCUCUUCGGUCCUCCGGGUACGGGAAAGUCCUACCUGGCCAAGGCUGUCGCCACAGAAGCCGGCAACUCCACCUUCUUCUCCAUCUCCUCCUCAGAUCUAGUGUCCAAGUGGCUUGGAGAGAGUGAAAAAUUGGUGAAGAACCUCUUCUCGCUGGCAAGAGAACACAAACCCUCCAUCAUCUUUAUUGACGAGAUCGACUCGCUCUGCGGCUCUCGCAGUGAGAAUGAGAGCGAGGCGGCGCGCAGGAUCAAGACAGAGUUUCUGGUCCAGAUGCAGGGUGUUGGGAAUGAUAAUGAGGGGAUCCUGGUGCUUGGAGCCACAAAUAUACCAUGGACUUUGGAUUCAGCCAUCAGGAGAAGGUUCGAAAAGCGCAUCUACAUCCCCCUGCCAGAGCAGCCGGCACGCUCCAUCAUGUUCAAGCUGCACCUGGGCUCCACGCCCAACCAGCUGACAGAGGCCGACUUUGUCACGCUCGGUAAAAAAACGGAUGGUUACUCGGGGGCCGACAUCUGCAUCGUUGUCAGAGACGCCCUCAUGCAGCCCGUCAGGAAGGUGCAGUCGGCCACACACUUCAAGAAGAUUCGAGGCUCGUUGUGGAUGAACCCUGACAUCAUCGUGGACGACCUUCUCACACCUUGCUCUCCAGGCGACCCCGGCGCUGUAGCCAUGACUUGGAUGGACGUGCCCACGGAGAAGCUUCUCGAGCCUGUCGUCUCCAUGGCUGACAUGCUGCGCUCCCUAUCCAGAACAAAGCCCACCGUCAACGAGGACGACUUGCAAAAGCUGACCAAGUUCACUGAAGACUUCGGUCAAGAAGGGUGA